AUGGCGCUAACCUGGGUGCUGCUCCUUGUGGACCUGCUGGCUCUGAGCUGGGGGCCUGGCCGGGCAGGGGCAGAGGAAACCAUCCCGCUGCAAACCCUACGCUGCUAUAACGACUAUACCAGCCACAUCACCUGCAGGUGGGCAGACACCCAGGAUGCCCAGCGGCUCGUCAACGUGACCCUCCAUCGCCGGGUGAAUCAGAACCCCCUGGAGCCAGUGUCCUGCCAGCUCAGUGGUGACAUGCCCUGGUCAGCCUGCCCAUCUCCCCACUGUGUGCCCAGAAAGUGCGUCAUUCCCUACGAGGUGUUCGUCAUCGCCGACAAUGACUAUUUCUCAUUCCAACCAGACCGGCGCCUGGGCGUCCAGCGCACUGUCACUCUGGCCCAACACGUCCAGCCCCCUGUGCCCAAAGACCUCCAGAUCCGUGCAGCCGAGGACAACUUCCUGCUGACCUGGAGUGUGGCCCUUGAGGGCCCCCACACCCACUGGCUGUCCCAAGGGGACUUGGAGUUUGAGGUGGCCCACAAGUGGCUUCACGGCUCCUGGGAGGACGCCACCACCCUCCUCUCCAAUGCCUCCCAGGCUGUGCUGGGGUCAGAGUACAUGGUGCCUGGCAGCACCCACGUGGCCCGAGUGAGGACCCGCCUGGCCCCAGGCUCAGGGUUCUCAGGACGGCCCAGCGAAUGGAGCCCAGAAGUUCACUGGAACUCACCACCAGGGGACGAGGCCCAGCCACACAACCUACAGUGUUUCUUCAACGGGUCCGUGCUCGACUGCUCCUGGGAGGUGAGGUCAGAGGUGGCCAGCUCGGUCUCCUUUGGCCUCUUCUACAAGCCCGGCCUGGAUGCAGGGGAGGAAGAAUGCUUCCCAGUGCUGAAGGAGGAGCCCCGCCACCUCUACACCAGGCACUGGUGUCAGAUUCCUGUGCCCGACCCGGUGACCCAUGGCCAGUACUCCAUCUCUGUCCAACCAAGGAAGGAGGAGAAAUACAUAAAGAGCUCAGAGAACAUCCAGAUGGCCCAACCAACCCUCAAUGUGACCAAGGACGGAGACAGCUACAGCCUGCGUUGGGAAGCCAAGAAAAUGCCGUACAAACACAUAGAGCACACCUUUGAGGUCCAGUACAGGAAGGACGCAGCCACGUGGGAGGACAGCAAGACAGAGAUCCUGCAGAACACCCACAGCAUGGCCCUGCCAGCUCUGGAGGCCGCCACCAGAUACCAGGCCAGAGUGAGGGUGAAGCCGGCCCGCGUCGGCUACAAAGGAGUCUGGAGCGAGUGGAGUGAAGAGCGCUCCUGGGACACAGAGUGGGAGCUGCCCAUGUGGGUGCUGGUGCUCAUCCUGGUUCUCUUCACCCUGGCUGGGCUGCUGGCCCUCCGCUUCUGUGGCAUCUACGGGUACAGGCUGAACAGGAAGUGGAAGGAGGCAAUUCCCAACCCCAGCAAGAGCCACCUGUUCCAGAAUGGGGGUGCAGGGCUGCGACUCCCAGACAGCACAUCAGCCUUCAGCAAGAGCCCUCCACACCAGGGGCCGUGGGACAGCCGCUUCCCUGCACUGGAGGGGGUGUUCCCCAUGGCCUUCGGGGAGAGCGAAGUGUCACCUCUUACCACAGAGGACCCUAAACGUGUCUGUGAUUCACCAUCUGGAUCUGACAUAACUCAGGCUGCCUCAGGCCUGUCCACAGAGCAGCCCUCCGGCCCCCAGCCAGGCUCCCCAGCCCCCUCAGGCCAGCCUGAAAGCCAGGUCUCCAGUUUCGACUUCAAUGGUCCCUACCUGGGGCCACCCCACAGCCGCUCCCUGCCUGAUCUUGUGGACCAGCUGGCGACCCCACAGACGAGGGUGGGACGGAAGUCAUCACCUCCAGGGUCCCUGGAGUACCUGUGUCUUCCUGCCGGGGGGCAGGUGCAGCUGGUCCCGCUGGCCCAGGUGGUGGGGCAGGGCCAGGCCAUGGAUGUGGAGAGGACGCCCAGCCCAGGGGCCCAGGGGAGCCCCUCCCUGGAGCCUGGGGGACGACCUGCGUCUCCUGCACCACUGAGCACGGGUGAACAGGGCCCAAAGGUCAGCCCAGGGGCCCUACCCACGAGCUCUGGGGAUCCUGAGGACACUGUCAUGGCCUCUGGUUAUGUUGCCUCUGCCAACCUGUUAUUCACCUCAAACUCGGGGACCCCGUCUGUCUCCAUGACUUCCUCGCUGGACCCCUCAGACCAGAACCCCAGCCUCUGUCCUGGGCUGGCCUACGGGCCCUCUGGAGCCCCGGCCCCCAUGAAGCCAAGGUUUGAGGGCUAUGUGGCACUCCCUCCAACCAUGGGCCAGUCCCCCAAUUCCCCCCUGGGCAGUCCUACCCCUCCUGCUGCCACCAGCCCUGUCCUGAGGCCAGGGGAGCCCCGGACGGAUGUGGUCCCGGUAUCCCCACACCCCGAGGGCCUCCUUGUCUUGCAGCAGGUGGGUGAUUAUUGCUUCCUCCCAGGCCUGGGGACUGGCCCUCUCUCACCACGGAGUAAGCCCUCUUCCCCAGGACCCUGUCCCGAGAUCCAGGACCUAGACCAGGCUUUUCAUGUCAAGAAGCCCCCAGGCCAGGCCAUGCCCCAGGUCCCAGCCAUUCAGCUCUUCAAAGCUCUGAAGCAGCAAGACUACCUGUCCCUACCCCCUUGGGAUGUCAGCAGGUCUGGGCAGGUAUGCUGA